CGAUGCCCGUGGUGCCCGUGGUGCCCGAGGAGCCCGCGGUGCCCGUGAUGCGAUCGCGACGUCGCAGUAUUCUCGACGAAUUUCGGCUUCGGCUUUAGCUUCGGCGUGGCGCAGUUGGCAGACAUGCGAAUCAACGAGUGUCGAGCAGAACGGAGACCGCUUCUAACAACGCCUCGUCGCAGAGAAGGACCGCCGAUGAAGGACGAUGCGAGGGAACAGAAUGAAAAAAGAAGAGAGAGAGUACGGACGACAGACAGUGGCGGGUGAUGGUGUACUCACCCCCGUAUCGGCUCGCUCUUUCGUUCAUUCGCUCGCUCGCUCAAAUCUACCCGAGAUAAUACCAAAGGCUCCUCUCCUCUCGUUCUCACUCAUCGAGCAUCUACUAAAGAAGAAAAACCGGGACAAUGUGAUGUGGAACGAGGAACAAGAAAACCUAGCGCAACAGAAAGUCGAUGAAAACUCAAUUGUGACUCUUUCGGACGAAAAAAUAUGCGAGUAUGAACAAGAAGCUAAUAAAUAUUGGGACAAAUUUUAUGGAAUUCAUGCCAAUAAAUUUUUCAAAGACAGACAUUGGUUGUUUACCGAGUUUCCAGAAUUAGCUCCAACUACGGCGAAUCGAGAUAUUAAGCAACCUUCGAGGUAUACGGCAGAGGUCCGAGAUAAAAAUAAUGCUAAAAGCGAUAGAACAAGUUUUAAUCUUCCCGAUAGUGGCGCGAACAAAAUUCUAGAAAUUGGUUGCGGAGUAGGAAACUCUGUGUUUCCGAUACUUUUAUACAAUGUAGAUCCCAACUUGUUCGUAUACUGUUGUGAUUUUUCUACAAAAGCGAUAGAUAUACUCGAGCAAAGUCCCGCGUACGAUACAUCCAGGUGUAAAGCAUUCGUAUUAGAUGUCACCCGAGAGGAAUGGACAACGCCUUUUGAUCCAGAAAGUUUGGACAUUGUAAUUUUAAUAUUUGUCCUCUCCGCGAUACAUCCGAACAAAAUGAAACAUGUCUUGCAACGAGUAUACAAAUAUUUAAAGCCAGGUGGGUUGGUGUUAUUUAGAGACUAUGGACGGUACGAUUUAGCGCAGUUGCGAUUUAGAAAGGGUAGAUGCCUCGCAGAGAAUUUUUACGCUAGAGGCGAUGGAACCCGAGUAUACUUUUUUACUCAAGCUUAUUUCAUUUAUAGAAGAUGUAAGGACUUUGUUUACCAGUUGUUGCUUCACGGAAGAACAAAACCUAAUAGACAAGAGAUUGCAAGUUAAUAGGGGCAAACAACUGAAAAUGUAUAGAGUAUGGAUUCAAGGAAAAUAUAGAAAAUAAAGGAUAUUAUGUAUUUUCGCGUAUUCAUGUAUUUUACAUUGUAAAAUUUGUAAUUGUUAAGAAAUGAUUUCUUCUUUUGUACAUAAUAAAUUCACAAUUUCGAUUUCUGAA